CUCAAUUUCUGAGUUUCUGAGCUUUUACCAUUAAUGGAGUUCCUUCGUCCUCUUCCCAUUCUGGCUUUUCUUUCAGUGGUGGUGGUAGUAAGCCAUGCUUCUCUACCUUCUGAGGGUUACUGGAAGUUGGUUUUGCCUCACACUCCCAUGCCCAAAGCUGUGAAGGAUCACUUGUACCCUGGUGUAACUUCUUUCAAUGCUUCUGCUGCUGCUUUUUGUUUGGGGAUUUACUAUGGGUUCAACAAAAUCCCUCAACCAUUCCAUGCAAAGCAGGCCCAAGAUGGCUUAAAUAUAGUGAAGGAAAAAUCUGCAGAAGCUGAGCUGAUGAAGAAGGAGAUAGAAGAUUGUGAGGAGCCUGCCAUGGAUGGAGAAUCUAGGUUCUGUGCAACAUCAUUAGAGUCCCUAAUCGAUUUCAGCACUUCAAAGCUCGGAAGAAAUGUGAAUGUGCUGACGAAUGAGGUUAGAAUGGGAAGCCAAGAGUUUGAAUUGGAGUGA